AUGACAACUAACGCAUGCAAAUUCCUUUGCCUCAUUCUCCUCUUUGCUUUCAUCUCCCAAGGAUUUGGGUGUGAUGGAUCCGGAGCCUUUGAGGAUUUAUAUGUGAAACAAUCCAAAACCGGAAAAAUGAUCAAGAACACACCAGAAUGGGAAGUGAGAUUGACAAACCCUUGCACCUGCACAGCCACUGACUUAGUGUUGACAUGUGUCGGUUUAAAAUCGCUCACACCUAUUGACAGUUCGCAGAUAUCGAUAACCAAUGACGAGUGUACGAUAACCAACAAUCUAGAGGGCGGAACUGACUUCGUUUUCAAAUACGUAUGGGCCAAGAAGUUCGAUAUCCAGAUCGAGAAAGGCCAAAUGGCUUGCUCUUAA